GCUGUUGUGUGUUUUGUUCCUUGAAAACAUACAUAUUUUAUUUUAGUUAUUUCUACGCAUAUUCUGAUUUGCAAAACGAUUUUGUUUUUUCGUUAGUGUCAAAAUUGAAUUCCAGUGAAUAAAUCACUGCAAAAUUGUUUCAAAUGUUUAUUUGAACGAUUUGGUGUGCAGCAUCAACGGUUGGCCAGUAAGAUAUGUAUCCUUGACGAUACCUACCUACUUAUAUAAUUGUUUACAAAUAGCUAAGAUGCUGUUGCGCUUUAAUUCAGCUGUAGUAAAAAGUCAAAACCAAUUACCACCCUCAGCUUGGUCUCAUGUUUUAUGGCGGCACAUUAGCACGGAAUUGACAAAUGCAUUGCGGCCGUUUUAUUUUGCGGUACAUCCAGACUUCUUUGGUCAACAUCCGGUUCAGCGCAACGUAAAUGAGAACUCGUUGAAACUUUUGAGUGCGCAUAUGGAGUUGUUGUAUGAGCGAAAAUAUCAGGCUUUGUACGAACCUAAAACAUUACAGUUUUACAUACGAGACGGAAAUGCUAGUUCACGAGAUACCUUCAAAUUAAUCAAGGUAACAUUAGACCGAAGUACAAAGGAUCCGAAGUUAGUGGUACAGCGUUUGUUGGAAUUAUGCAAUCUUCCGACGGAUUAUGUUAAAACCAUCAAAUCAAUGCCGGUUACGUCAGCUACGAGCGCAACAGCAACAGCAGCAGGUUUUACGAAUGCCACAAGCCCUUUCAAAGCGGGAAACGACUACAACUAUGGAUCACAGUUCUCCGGCUUCGAAAGUUCUUUCUAUAAUACCAAAGAAGAGCAGAGGAAAACAUUGGACUCUUGGUUAAAAAAGAAUGCACCCAUUGCGAAACUGCGAACUUCUGAUUUGGAUGAUUUAAAAGAAGAGGUAAUUAAGUUGCAGCAGGCUGUUACUAAACGAUUGGGUCUAAAAGAUAUUCGUUACGAUUGCGGUUGGAAUUAUGAGCAUUUCCGUGGGUGCUUAAAAUCCCUAGAGCGCAUGGCUAAUUUGCAUUCUGAUGAAAUGGGAGCAAUGAAAAAUCGAGUUCUAGUAUUUGCGCCUUUCACUGGCGUCAGCUUGGAGGGACAUAUAAUGCUAUUUACGGGCGAUGUACUGACCAGUUGGAUUGAUUUCAUAAAAAACAUUCCACAACAUGAUGAAUUUUUAAAGAAAAUACCCCUAUACGAGAAUACGCUGUCUCAGGUCCUCCUUAACAUAAAAAUUGGUCGAAGAAAGUUUAUGCCCAAACAACAAGCUCGAGAAUAUGCUGCACAUCUGAUAAAAGUGACAACGACACUUGGGGACUACCUUACUGUGAAUAAGUUCCCAAAGUCGUGGCCAUCCACAUUGGCCGAUUAUGAAAUCGUCAUUGAGUCGGAGGCAGGCCCGCUAAUGGUAAAUCCUACAGGUCAAUUAAUAGCGCCGGCAACAUGCCCUGGAUUCAUGUUAAUCGAUUUCAUUACCACCAACUUGGAUGUAGCUAAGGAACGUACGGAAAAAUAUCUCACACAGAAGACGGUAGAGCGGCAAUUGAAGGCACAAUGCCUACAUCAAUUACGUUUACAUACUUUGACCAAAGAUGACUCCGUUACUCCAGAUAAAAUGAUAGAAACUAUGAACAAACUAUUAGAAUAUAACGAUAUGCGCUUCCGGGAACUAAAUUUACACAUUACGAACUACUACUCUGUACUGACGGAUGGAACUGUUUGCAUACCCUGGGACUUUACACCAAGGUAGCGUAUGUGUUAUGGCGGUUAGUGAGAAAUGAGGUAGAACCUAUUUUAAAAUUUGGACAGCAAUUACUACGCUCAUUCAAAGAAUUCCCCAUUAUUUUUUUAUGACUUAGCCUGUAUAAAAACGAAAAGAUUAUGUUACUAAUUAAUAAAAUGCCAUAAUGCUCUUUAAUGCAAGUUAUAUAAACAA